AUCCUUUUACAAUCAUAAAUUUGGGAAAGAUUUCGUAUCAGUUUUUAGAUAUGGGACAAAGACUAGUAUUAAAUAAUUCUGUUUCAACGGCAAAAGUAUAUUUAAUGCCUAUACCACCACCAGCACCACAUUCUACCUUGAACACAUUCUCUUUUUUAACGGAUCAAUCUCUUUUGAAAAGCUCUGAUGUAGAUAUUCUUUUAUGUGAUGUAAUGACAAAGGAAGUCCCUGAACAAGAUAAUAAAAUAGAUCUUUCUGCAAACGAUUUAACAUUACCAACUGCCCCUAAGCUUUCAUGUCAUUCACUAUCUAAUGAAGCUUCAUUAGUACCCACUUCAAAAAGUUAUCUUAAAAAUAUUACAUAUGAUAAAUCUUUCAACUUUUUGAAACUUAAGGUCAAAGAAUUAGGCGAUUAUCAAUAUAUUGCAAUCAUGUUUCAGAAAGAAUUUGUAAACGGUUUUUUAAUUGGCGAGUUUUUUGAUGAAAGAAUUACAUUAAUGGACAUCAAUACGUCAAUGAAAGGUAUUCAUAUUGACGCAUUUCCUGAGCAUAUUGCCUUGGUGUCAACAUUACGAAUUCCGGUUAUUGACAGCAGUUUGUUAACUUAUAAGAUGUCUGUUCGUCGUACUGGAUGUGUUGACCAACAAAUAUUUGCGCCGUUCUUAAGACAGUCUAUAUCUACAAUGCACGAAUCAAAGUUUAUUGUAAAUGUAGAUAAUGCGGAUUUAAAUAUUCACGGACAAGCGCCAUUUGUCACACCGGUUAGCGCCCCCAAUUCGAGGAGAGGGUUAGAAUUACAAUUCUGGAUGGAUCCUACUUGUUCAGUACCAUUAUCUUUUGAUAUUGAACUAGAUUUAUACGGUAGUCUGGGGAAAAUAGUUAUGAGAUUCCAAAUGGUUGCAGCAGCAUUUCCUUUUAUCAUAGUUAUAAUGACAUUAAGAGCUCAAUUUAGAGAGUAUGAUCGCGGAGGACCAUUUUUGAGUUUUGGGCAUGGAUUAGCACUCUUUGUUCGUCAAACGUUUCCUAAAUUUCUUGCUAUCGUAUCACUAUUAUCAAUUUACCAGUCCAUCACAAAAGCAUCGAAAACAUAUUCAUUGGUAGAUUUAUUUCCAAUGGAUUAUGCAUCAGGAGAUAUGCAAAAAGUCAUUAAAGCCAAAGCUUCAUUCAAUGUAAAUGACACGCUACUCGGAAAUCAAGAUCCUUUUUUUUGGUUUCUUCCUCCAUUAUUUUUCGUUAUGAGUAUUGGAAUAACGACUAUUUGUUGGAUUCUGUUGGGUAGUAUU